AUGUUAGAGUUUAAAGAAAUGAUGAAAGAUAUCCAAUUGGAUAAGAUUGGCAAAGCUGAUGCUUUUGAUAAGCAUAAUGAUAUCAUUAAUGAUACUCGGAAUAGGAUUAAGAGAAUGGAGAAUGUCAGAAGUGCAUUAAGGAAUAGUGAUGGAUGGACAUUACAAAGAGAUGCUAAUGGUAUUAAAACCAUGAUUGAGGGUAUGGUAGAUUGUCCUGUUUUUGAUAUUCUAGCUCUACUCAAUGAAGUUGAAUUCUACCCACACUGGAUACCUAGUUAUCGAUAUCUAGGUCUUACUAUGGCAAAAAAGGUUGUAAACCCUAAGCCUACUCAAAUGUUGAAUCAUAUUAAAGUAGCUCUACCAUGGCCAAUAGCUAAUAGAGAGUGUCUAUUCUCGGUUGACGCUCUAGACUGUAUAGGGAAGAAUGAAGAUCCGAGACAGUUAGUGAUUCUAUUGAAAUCUGAGUCCGGUCCAUCCUAUGAACCCAUGAUUGAGGAAAGGGAUAUGCCUAUACCGGAUAAAGGUGCGGUCGUAUGUGAUAUACUCGAACCAAGUGGGAUAGUGUUAACACCCUGCGAGGAUGGUCGAACAUUGAUACAAAUAGUAGAGCAUCUAGAUCCACAUAUAUCCUAUAUACCAUCUUGGCUACUAGAUUUAGUAGUCCGUAAUAUGUGUUAUAUGAUCCUGGCAAAGGUACGAUCAGCAGUAGAGAUAGUGAAGACUCCAGCAUAUCAAGAUAGGAUGAGGGAUCCUAAUAAUGCAUUUUAUAUGUAUAUAAGAAGGAGGAUAGAAGAGGAUAUGCCAGAAGAGAUGCAAUAUAUACAUUCCCUUCGUGUAGAGGGUACUAUACAGUCCUCUAUGUUCGAUCUCUUAGCCCUCCUUAAUGAAGUAGGCUUUUAUACACAAUGGUUGCCAAGGCUGAGGUUCCUAGCUCUUACCAAGUCUAUUAAGAUAGCUAAUCCAACACCAACACAAAUGCUGGUACAUAUGAAGGCUACUGUUCCAUGGCCCUUUAAGGAUAGGGAAAGUAUCUUCUCUGUUGGUAAUAAUAAUAAUAUCUAUCAUCGUCAUCAUNNNNAUUCUAUCAUCAUCCUCAGCAUCAUCAUCAUUUUCGUCGUUCCUCAUUGUCAUAUACGAUCAAUAUAUCUUUCCUGA